CCCAUCCCGCCCCGAGGCGGUACUGGCGCCUGCGCAGUGCGGCGGGGAGGCCGGGACGUUGCGGGCGGGUGGAGGAAUGUGCGCUACGGUUAAAUAGUGGGUACAGCGGCCGCAGGAGCGGCGGGCGGCGCUUCUCAGAACUGGAGGAGGCAGAGUGACUGAGGGAGGGGCUGUCGCUGGCGAAGAGGGUCCGGCUGGCUCCCAGCGGCGCAGCGCAGGAAGCGAAGAGGGCCCGGCUGAGCAGCGGCAGCCAAGCGGAAGAAGGGGCUCCAUGGCGCGGCGCGGGCUCCGGAGUGGCGGCGGCAGCAGCAGCGGCAGCUCCUCCGCCUUGGCCGCGAGUGGCGCUGGGUUCCCCUGAGAGGGGGCGCCGCUCCCGCCUUCCUCCCCGCGGCGACGACGACGACGGGACUGCCUGACUCUCCCCGGCCUUGUCCUUUCUCUCUCGGGCCGGAGAAGAGGAGCCGCCGAGGAAGAGGAGGAGGAGGGGGGGCUCUCCUGCGGGGGUGCUGGGAACUGAAGGCGGCGUUGCCGUCUCUGCCUCUAUGAUGAAGUUCAAGCCGAACCAGACUCGGACCUACGACCGGGAGGGCUUCAAGAAGAGGGCGGCGUGCCUGUGCUUCCGCAGCGAGAGGGAGGACGAGGUGCUGUUGGUAAGCAGCAGUCGCUACCCAGAUCAGUGGAUUGUUCCAGGUGGAGGAAUGGAACCGGAAGAGGAACCAGGUGGAGCUGCAGUCAGAGAAGUCUAUGAAGAGGCUGGUGUGAAGGGGAAACUAGGCAGACUGCUGGGGAUAUUUGAGCAGAAUCAAGACCGAAAGCAUAGGACUUACGUUUAUGUUCUUACAGUGACUGAGAUCUUGGAAGACUGGGAGGAUUCAGUUAAUAUAGGAAGGAAGAGAGAAUGGUUUAAAGUUGAGGAUGCAAUCAAGGUCCUUCAGUGUCACAAGCCUGUUCAUGCAGAGUACUUGGAAAAAUUGAAACUGGGUUGUUCACCAACCAAUGGAAAUUCUGUGGUCUCUUCCCAUCCUGAUAACAAUUCUCUAUAUGUCACUUCGGCACAGACUUCUGGGCUGCCCUCUACUGUAAGAUAAACUCUGAAUUACUUUCUUGUAUACCAUCAACAAGGGGAAGUGUUUUAGUGAUCAUGUACUAUGUGUAUAGUUACCAAAAUCCUGAGUGUGAAUACUUCAUAUGUUCAGACACAAACCUCUUCCUUUUUAGCAAGGUGUAAUAUUUCAGCAAACUAAAGCCAUACAGGGAAUUCUUAAAGAUGCCUUAAAUGGCCCUCUUUUCUUUAAAAAAAAAAACACCAAUCAAAAACAAAACUUUAAGUACCCGAUGAUAAGAAUGAGUUUGUAAUUUGGCAUUUGAGCUUCGCUUAACUUUCUUGUAAAUUUCCUAAAACAAUCAAAAUCUUUUUGGAUUUUUGCUUUAGUGUAGUCAGUCUUAAUUCCUUACUCCAGUUUAGAGUUAGCUAGAGGAGUUAAAGGCAGCAGAAACCAAGAGCAAGUGCCUUCUGCUUUUUAAGACAUUUCCUCCUCCUAGUGUUUCAUAUGGAGGUCUUAACCAGAGUGGUGCCAUCCUAUCUGCCUUGGCCAAAUCCUUCAUAUCACUCUUGCUUACUAUCUAGCCAAAUGGGCAGACUUCAGAGAAUUGCAAACAUGCCAAUCCCUUAACCUGUUGUCCUCUUGCCAAAGUCAGUGUUGGCUUUCUUUGCUAUUCCAGCAGGUGUUGAGAGGUAUUGGAGACCAUCCGAUCUUCUUCCAGUCUGUUUCCAGAACACGUGAAUUGGAUCAGUAUUUGGAAGAUAACUGCCCUGAGCUUUAUGGAAAGGGCAGACUGCAAAUUUUAAAUGGGUUUCAAUCCUAUUUGAAUCUCUGCCAUUAAAGCAUGGAAGUAGUGACUUUAAACUGUACCAGUUCUAAUUUCAGAGGUUUCUGAAAGCAUGAACUUUCCUCCCCCCGCCCCCCAAGUCAGAAUUUUGGUUGAGGUAAAGAAACUACCUCUCCUAUGAAGGCUGUCUCUUCUCAUUCUAUGUAACAUAAACCUACUGUAAAUAAUCCAACUGGUGUAUAGUGUAAAGUGGAAAGUAAAUGUAAUGUAAAUAUUUUGUUGCUCACACAACUAGGUUACCACUUAGGACUUUAGUGUCUUAAUAGCUGCAUAACAGGCAGAAGGUUCAAACCUUUUCUGAUCUCUGUAGCUUAUAGCAUUUCUGCUUUUGACACAGCUGUUAAAGGCACAGGAGCCCUGUCAGAGAGAAAGGUGGCAAGCCUACACACUAAUUUCAACAUAUUGUGUAAAAAUGCUGCUAUAAAUUAAUCCAUGCACUGUUACAGUUUGAGGAAAAUACUGGUGCCAUAUGCUUUCCCUCUAGAGACACAUGGGAAUAUAAACAUUGUGCCAUAUAAAUACAUUUCUGCAAGGAACACCAGAAAGAGGUUUGAAUGGUCAUGAAAACUGCUUUAGAACUAUACGUACUACUAACUCGAACAUCUGUUACAAGUUGGAACAUCCAGGGGAUACUGGCUUCAGAAAUUUGAAUGGAGCAGUAGGUGAAUGGAGCAGUAGGUCAUGGUCAGCUUUGUGCUUGAAGAGCUUUAUUUUCCAUAUACUAGUUUGGACAAAAGCAAAAGAAUGCUAAUAGUACAGGCCAAUGGCAGAUCCAUCAAUGUUAAACUUUACAUUAAUUAGGUCAGGAGAGAUAAUUGAUUCAUUAAAAGUACACACCAUUCCCAGAAAGUGGGAGCAGCGAAAUUGUAAGUUGGCACUUCAGUCCCACAUUCCCAUGCACUAUUUGUUAUUUUAACACACGGAAUGACCGCAUAGUAACAUGAUAAAUGUCUCUUCAUCACACUGGUAAAAAAAUAAGGACCCGCUUGAAAGAGUUUGUGGUUCCUACAACUGCUUUCAUCUCACCUUUUGCUUUUGGAACAUAAAAAGCCAACCUUUUUAGAAGCUGCAUACUGGCAAUGCAUGAUUACUUUGGUUUCUAAUGUACUAUGUAAAAAUUACAUUUGCAAGUGCUAACCAAAUCAGAGGUGAUGGCUUAUAAAUAUUUCAGACUGCUAUGCCAGAUAAGUUUUAAAUAUAUUCCUGUACAGAACUCUUCAGUCUAUGCAACUUAAGAUGCCCCUUAACUCAAAUUUACUUCUAAAAGUCGAUUGCAACAUGAUACACUGGAAUGUCAAAGGUCCAUUGUGGUGUUUGUUACCGUUAUAUUUCAUUAAUAGACAUGUGGCCCUAGAUAGUUGGGUGAAAUAGGUUGGACAACAAAUGAAUGGAUGUAAUUGUUAGGCUUUCUUUUUGUCAAGACUAAAUUGCAGUGUCAUUUAGCCAUAGAGGUUCAGGUCCAACAGUGAAAUAUAGAGGGAAUCAAAAGCAUAUCAUGAUGUACUUUUGUGCUUUAUGAUACUAGAACUAGCUUCCCUAUAAGCAACCUUUGAGCCUGUAGCUGACUUCACAAUGCACAAGGAUGAAAGUUAAUUUGGACCAGAUUCCACAUUGUCUUAGACUUACUGAGACAUGAAUUGCCAGGUUGCAUGGUUAUUAUGAGACAAAUAUAGACAGGUCUUAAUGCAGUGGAAACUUGUUGCAGGGAAUAGUUAAAAUUGGGAACACAUCAUAAGCCACUGCAAGAGUAUUCAUGUAGGUUAUAGAAGCUAUUGGAAGUGAAAAUCCCAUCCUGGAUGCCUGUUGGAAACUAGCCAGGCCUAUUGUCAAAAUGUUGGAAACAAUUGUUCAACAUGCUUCUGAGAAGUGGAAGAAAAUUGAAGAACCAUUUAAGUUGUAAACAUUUUGAACUAUGUGCAUGGCUUUCUUUUAAAGAUUGAUGUAAGAAUUUUGACUUUUUAUAUCUGAAACGAACCUCCAAAAUAAAAAACUAAGUCUGCAAA